ACCAAAUUCAUCUAUACUUUUGUUUUUCCCUUUUGCCCUUUAAACUUCGUUUAUAACUCGUAUCAUUUGGCACCUACUGAGAGGCAAUAUGGUUAGAGGAGGAAUCGCCAAAACAAGGAUGUUUUUGCUUAGUUCACGUAGGGAAGCGAAGCGAGUCGAGCGACAUCUGAGCAAGCCCGACCGGGUCGGAGUAGUAGAGCUAGAUCCGACGGAACAAGCCAGAAUUUCAAGCGAAGGCCGUCGUGACCUGACGGAAAGUUCGGCGUCGUAUUGGACUCCGCAUCCGCGUACAGGAAUAUAUGUUCCGAAAGGCCAUGAAUAUGUGGUUGAUGAUGUCCCCAAGAAUGCUGCCUCUUUCGAUCGGACUUACUGGCUCCGGAACAUCGACGGUGUUGAGAAAGCCGAUCACAAUCUUCCACCUGAUAAUUACUUUGGAGCAAAUAAUUCUUCUCUCUAAUCCAAUUAUCAUGAAAGAAUUAUCUGGAGUAAUUAAGCUAGUAUGUCCCAGCAAUGAUACUUAGGGGAAACUGAUCACAAAGUGUUGAGGCUUAGAUCAGCUAGUAUGUCCCACUAAUGAGCCACAGUCAGUUCGUGUUUAAUUUAGUAUUUUAGUAUAAUUGGUGUAACAAACGACCUUAGGUUUGUGAUAUUGAUAACUUUGUUGCACUUUUUCUUGUUUCGGUUGUAAACUUAUUGUAUUUAUGGCUUUAAUUAUUGGCUAGC